GGGAGGAGAGAAGGAGCAGGUGCAGGCCAGGUAGCUCCUUGCUGAGACCUAGUGGAGAGGGAAGGACUCCCUUCCUCCUCGUCAGAAGGACUCCAGUGAUAUCUGGAAUGAACACCGUGGUAUCCUUUUUAAUUUUCAUCCACAAGAUGAAACCAGUAUGCAGUGAAGUGAGGAAACAGCUUUGAACGAAGACAUACCUUUCCCCUUCCUAAACUGUUCUUCAAAUCAUGAUCGAUCGGAUGAAGGUCACACAGGUGACUUGGGCUUUAACGAGUCUACUGAAUGACUGAUGCAUUUGAGCGAGAAGCUGAGUUGUCUGAACACAAAUCCUUUAAAGGUGAUUUGAAAACAUCGACACUCACAACUCCAUGACAUGCUUGGACUCUUCUUGGAAUGACCCACAGACUGUGCGUAUAUUACCUUUGACCCAGGUAGACGCGUCUGCUCUCUAGAAACCCUCCUCGGCUGCGGAUGUGUGGCACACAGUGACACAAGGGGUACGAGAAGCCCACAGGAUGGGUUUUCAGAUGCUUGUGCCUUUCAGUCCUUGGAACUGGUUGCUACUGCUGGUGGCCUUCAAGUGUUCUGAAGCAUCUUCAGAUUUGAACGAAUCCACAAAUUCCACUGCCCAGCAUGAGCCUAAUGUUCGGUUUGCUGCUGCCAGCUCAGAGGCAGAUGAGAAGAUAUCUGUUUUUGCAUUGGAUUAUGACUACGUGCAAAUUCCUUAUGAGGUCACCCUGUGGAUACUUCUAGCAUCCCUUGCAAAAAUAGGCUUCCAUCUUUACCACAGACUACCAGGCCUCAUGCCAGAAAGCUGCCUCCUCAUCAUCGUUGGGGCUCUGGUGGGUGCCAUCAUCUUUGGCACUGACCAUAAAUCUCCUCCCGUCAUGGAUACAAGCAUCUACUUCCUGUAUCUCCUUCCACCUAUCGUCCUGGAAGGUGGUUACUUCAUGCCCACCCGGCCCUUCUUUGAGAACAUUGGGUCCAUCCUAUGGUGGGCAGGCCUGGGGGCCCUGAUUAAUGCUUUUGGCAUUGGCCUCUCCCUCUACCUCAUCUGCCAGAUCAAAGCCUUUGGCCUCAGUGAUGUCAACCUACUUCAGAACCUGCUGUUUGGCAGCCUGAUCUCAGCCGUUGACCCCGUAGCUGUGCUGGCUGUGUUUGAGGAGGCGCGUGUGAAUGAGCCACUCUACAUGAUGAUCUUCGGGGAGGCCCUUCUCAAUGAUGGCAUCAGUGUGGUCUUAUACAAUAUAUUAAUUGCCUUCACAAAGAUGCAUAAAUUUGAAGACAUAGAACCUGUGGACAUUUUGGCUGGAUGUGCUCGAUUCAUUAUUGUAGGGGUUGGGGGAGUAUUUUUCGGCGUCAUCUUUGGGUUCAUUUCUGCGUUUAUCACCCGUUUCACUCAGAAUAUUUCUGCCAUCGAACCACUCAUCGUCUUCAUGUUCAGCUACCUGUCUUACUUAGCUGCUGAGACUCUUUACCUCUCUGGCAUCCUGGCGAUCACGGCCUGUGCAGUAACAAUGAAAAAGUAUGUAGAGGAAAAUGUGUCCCAGACAUCCUACACAACCAUCAAGUACUUCAUGAAGAUGCUGAGCAGCGUCAGCGAGACCCUGAUCUUCAUCUUCAUGGGCGUGUCCACCAUUGGGAAGAACCACGAGUGGAACUGGGCCUUCAUCUGCUUCACGCUGGCCUUCUGCCAAAUCUGGAGAGCCAUUAGCGUAUUUGCUCUCUUCUAUGUCAGUAACCAGUUCCGGACUUUCCCCUUCUCCAUCAAGGACCAGUGCAUAAUUUUCUACAGCGGUGUCAGAGGAGCUGGAAGUUUUUCACUUGCAUUUUUGCUUCCUCUGUCUCUUUUUCCUAGGAAGAAAAUGUUUGUCACUGCUACUCUAGUAGUUAUAUAUUUUACUGUAUUUAUUCAGGGAAUUACAAUUGGCCCCCUAGUCAGGUACCUGGAUGUUAAAAAGACAAAUAAAAAAGAAUCCAUCAACGAAGAACUUCAUAUUCGUCUGAUGGAUCACUUGAAAGCUGGAAUUGAAGAUGUGUGUGGGCAAUGGAGCCACUACCAAGUGAGAGACAAGUUUAAGAAGUUCGAUCACAAGUAUUUACGGAAAAUCUUAAUCCGAAAGAACCAGCCCAAAUCCAGCAUUGUCUCCUUGUACAAGAAGCUGGAAAUGAAACAAGCUAUCGAGAUGGUGGAAACCGGGAUUCUCAGUUCCACAGCUUUUUCCAUACCCCACCAGGCCCAGAGGAUACACGGAACCAAAAGGCUUUCCCCGGAAGAUGUGGAGUCCAUGAGGGACAUUCUGACACACAACAUGUACCAAGUCCGACAAAGGACCCUGUCCUACAACAAAUACAACCUCAAACCUCAAACAAGUGAGAAGCAAGCUAAAGAGAUUCUGAUUCGCCGCCAGAAUACCUUAAGGGAGAGCAUGAGAAAAGGUCACAGCCUGCCGUGGGGAAAGCCGGCCGGUACCAAAAAUAUCCGCUACCUCUCCUUUCCCUAUGGCCACCCUCAGCCCGCAAGAAGAGAUACAAGGGUUGAUGAUUUCACAGAUAAUGACAGCAGCGAUUCAGAAUUCCCGUCCAUUAUGUUCAAAGCACGCUCUCGAACAGGGACACUUCAGAAACGGCUGACACAAGAGAUAAUCCCAAUGAAGAGCUUACCCAGAGGAGGGAAGCCGCACCACUUCGGUUAUCAAAGAAACACAAGCCAAGAAGAGCAUGUUGGUGUGGGCAGAAGGGAGGCACUACGGCCCAAACCACUGUUCCACGCAGUAGAUGAGGAGUUUGAAUCUGGAGAGGAGAGUGAGGAAAAAAUCUCAGAAUGUGAGUCCCGAUGGUCAGCAGAGUACAGACCCAGCAGGCAACACCACAGGUCCCACAGUCCUUUACUCCAAAGAAAAUAGUUUCAUCGUCCACAUGAUUGUCUCCAUGUAUUUCAAGAGUCCAUUUUCCUACUAUUAUCGAAGAAGGAUUUUCAGAGUUACAAAGAGAGCUACUGAAUUCAUUUUUUUUGGAAGCUGUUAGAUAUGCAUCUAUAAGAGGAAAGGAGAUUCUUUUGGAGAAAAACUUGGAACAAAUUUGCAGGCUCUGCUACAUUCCUAGUUGGUGUACUCUGUAGAUGAAUUCCCUGUGAGUGAUAAAUGUUAAUCAUCACAGGAAUUAUUACUAAAAUUCCUGAGAGUGUGUGAUCCAUGAAAAUUAUUGAGAUAUAAGCAUGAUUGGUCAGUAAUUCACCUUGACUAUCUGCAUGUGCAGCCUGUAAUCAUGUUAGAACUGGGAAGGGCCUGGAAAUCCUCUGGCCCAAUCCUCUUGUGUUUACAAAUAAGGACGCCUUGCCCAAGGUCAUGUGAGUUGCUGCUUUCACAAGCUGGCGGUCCUCCCUCCCAAGAGAAUGCACUCAAUAAUUAUAUUUCUGGGAAAAGGUAAAAUUUGCCAUAAUGUGGCUUUAUUUAAUCAGUAGCAAUAAUAAAUGGAUGUGACAUGUACUAGAGGAUUAAUCUGCGAACAAUGGGGUCAUGGUCUAUUUUAUAAUUGGAAUAGUUAUUUUAAAAACAAAAUAUCUAUAAACAGGCUUUAAAAGUAAUGACACGAACAACAGGUAUUUAUUAGAUGUGCAGUUGGAGGCUGUGGUACUGUGCCCUAGGAUUUGAAACUGUUUCCCAAUUUAAUUUUCCAUCCUCAUCACCCCCAGACUUGACCUUGAACCUCACACUCUAUCUAGCUCACCAACUUCUCUAGAUGACUUUAUCUUUCCUCCCUCCUUGCCCUCCUUCCUCUUCUCUCUCUGCUGGUCACUGUAGAUGAACACAUAUUUAUUAAGUGCUAUUUAUUGUGCCAAAUGGCUGAUCUGUAAUAAACAAUUAACCGUAAUAUCCUUUACCAUUGCUAUUUUUGUCAUCCCUAACCAUCCCCAACUCAUUUAAUGCUAUGCAUCUCUAAAGUAUGCUUUCCAAUGCACCCAGGUCCCUACACCUGCCCUGAUUCCUCUUACUCAGAAGCAAUGAAGUGAUCUCCCUCCUCCUCGGUGCACCCACACCCCACUGAGUGUGUUACAGAACUUACCUGGGAAUUACACUUAUGCAUGUGCAUGUGCAUCUACCAUGAUCUGAAAGACAGGGAGGAUUGUCCCUUCAUUUAAAAUUUUAUCCAUUCAUCAAUUGCAUUCUUUAUCUCUUGGUUUUAUUCUUUUUCUAUUACUUUUAACUUGUAUCCAUUUUUGGUCUUAGUUAUUACAGUGCCUUGUACAUGGUAGAUUAUCUAUAAAUCUUGAGGCAUCAGUGACCUUUUACAUCAGGAAAAAAUCAUGCCCUUUUGUCUUCAAUCUCGUAAAACCAAACAUACAACCCACAAAAGGAGGAGGAGAUGUUGUCAGACAUCUUAUUUUCCAGGUGACAAAAAUGAGGUGUUGGGAAACUGGCUGGUGCUAGCUCAGCGUUUUGAAGGGCAUGGACUUGUUCUCUAGUAUAACCCAUGCAUACCAGUGACUGACAAAGGAUAUAUGACUUUCCCUGGAUUUAUAGUUUGUGAAUGGCAUUUAUUCAGGUUCCUGCUGCAGUGGUAGAAAUGGCAAUCAAAAGAGCCCACUUGGCUUUUCUUCUUUUGCAUCUGAAAUAUAAGACUGCUUCUAGGUUGUCUAAAUAUUUUAAAUUGCAUACUACCAAACAAUCAGCUGUAAAAGAUAGAAGUAUAUGUAAAACCCAGGGAUCUCUGGGCUUUGGGUUUGGUGUGUGUGUGUGUGUGUUUCUUUAUUAUUGUUUAAACAAACAAGCAGUCAACGCAACAGUUUUAUGAGUUUUUUCCCUCCCAUGAGAGGGAGUCAGUGAGCCAUUAUCCUCAAAUUGUAGGUGAAGAUACAGAGACAGAGUAAGGGCAUCAGAAAUCACCUUUCCAAAGCCAUAUGCAAAACCAAUUUUUGAGAGGUAGAUAACAGCUGCGUUCCUUGCUGGAUUAUCCAUAUAACAGAAAUCCAAACUGUGAAGGCCCCUUCCCAGAGUCACCAGCAAAGUCUAAGGAUCAAUGGAAUUUAUCUAAUUCUUUUGUUUUCUCUGACAUGCUGGUGCCGUUUGAGAGAGGGAUGGUGGGAUUUAGUGAAUGGAUGGGAACUCACCCCUUUAAUUGGUAAAAACCACAAUAGAGUUCUUUGCCCUGAGGCCAUUUGUUUACCUAGACACUGUCUAACCCUGGCUGCCUGAGUUGGGAAAGUGGCCCUGCAGUUCCUUCCUGAAAAGGUAUGACAGGUUGAGGGCUCUAGGGGUCCUGGUAGCUCUGGUAUAGACUUGGAGAGCUUAUGGUGGAAAUGGCCUCUUUCCUUAGUCAUCCAGGAUUGUUUCAAAAUGCAGUGUGAUCUGAUCUUGAUUCCACUAGCGACAGUCCACUCUGGGGAUUGGCUGAGGGUGUGAUUGGUACCCAAAGAGUGCUCUUGGAUAUCGAUAUCACAUCAUGAGUUUUUCUAACAGGCACCAAGCAGUGCAGCAGAGAAAGUUCUCUCUUGAGUGUUGAGAAAGAUCUGCUUCUUGCUCCCUACUCAGCUCAGGGAGGGGUUAGAAUCCCUGAGGGUGCUCUCCUGGGCCUGGCCGAGGGUCCACUGAGCAUCACAUCUUUUCUGCCAGUGGCAGAAUUUGCCCUUUUGUCUUCAACCUCAUAAAACCAAACAUACAACCCACAAAAUCCAAUUUUCCAUUUCUAGGUUUUUUGUUUGUUUUGUUUUUUACUUUCUCAAACCUGUUCCUAUUGCUAGCCUCAGUGGUCUUAGGUUUUAUUAAAUUCUGAAAUUGGGUAGAGUAGCAUUUCCUCUUAUUUAUCCUAUACAGCAGCUUCCUGCCUAAAAGGUUUUCCACAUGUUUGUUGGUGUUUGGGAUGUGGUGAAUAUUUGUGCUCACUUUGCCCAAACCUGACAUGAUGCCAUGGGACCUCUCCUGUCUUUCAUCAACCUGCUAAAAGAGAAACAUUCGCUGUAGAAGAAAAUCUGCUAUGACAAAGUGGGGGUGGCAUGCUGGACACUUCCUUGUGCUUCCCUCAUGUUUUUUUCUCUCAUGAAGGCCAUAUACUUCUAUGCUUCUCUUCUGAGAAAAAGUUAAAGGGUCCUUGGGUGUAGGGCUAGAAUUGCCACUCGAAUUUAGUGAUAGAAUUACCAUUUCUAGAUAUAAGAGGUGACUACUACUACUGUUCAGGUCUUUAGCCUACAUCGUUGAUUUUAGCCUGCAGGGAAGCUCCUAGAACACUUCCUCGCCUUUUCAGAUGCCAACCACUCAGAUCAUUUAUUUUUUAUUUUUUUUUUAUUUUUUUUUACUCAGAUCAUUUAGAUUUUUAAAUCAAUAUCAUUAGUUCAGAGCUCAGGCUCUGGAGUGAGAUUGCUCUUAGCUGUGGGACUUUGGGAAACCUAGUUAUCGUCUUCAAGCUGAAAUUUACUGAUUGAUAAAAUAAUUAUUUUAUCUACCUCGUAGAAUGAUCAAAAGGAUUAAAUAGGAUAAUAUUUUUUAAAUUCUCAGCUUAGUGCUUGUUUUAUAGUAAGAGUUUGGUUACUAACAGCUACAAUUAUUUAGGCAAAAAUAUAUGUACUCAUGACAGAGGACAUACGUUAAUUUAAUUACAUGAAGAGGUAUAAAUAACAGACAUCUGAGACCUUUCUGAGAGGCAGUUUGAAUAACAUAAUAGAGGAUGCUUGGGACUAUGCAUCAAUCCAUAGCAAAACCAGAGAUCAGGUCUGGAUACAGAUUCAUGUUUUUCCAGCAAAGCUUAUUUAAUUUUUUUGUCAUUAUCUCAAAAUUAUUGUAUUUUCUUGUUUGGGGGAGAUGGUCACCAUGGUGUCCAUUCCUAAUCAUGGUUUAUUCUCAAAGAGACAAAGAAUUUAGAAGACCUAACUCUGCAUAUCAUGAUAGGUACCCAGUGAAGAAAGGGAAAAUUUCUCUGUGUUGGGAAACAUUCAAUGGGCUUUAAUUCCUCAGCUUGGAAUCUUUUGUGUAAGAGACCUCCCCUCUGAAAGAGUGAUUAUUUUUAAUUUAUAAGUAUUAACUAGUGAAAUAAGUGUUUAAGGAUUUUCAGCAUGGAAAAAAAGGUAGUUUUGCUGUGUUUCAUAACUUUCUAAAAUAAGGGAAAGUAGUUUUUCCUAAAUAAAUAAAGUCAGUGUAUGUGUUGGUGUUGUGUAGGGUUCUUGUAAAUAUAUUUCAUCCACAAGUAAUACAGGUGGUUUCUUAUAGUUUAACUUUUAUUUUUUCCUGAGUAAACUCUGUCAAGUAUCUUAUUUCUAACUCCUCCUGAGAAAAGCCAGCAGUGCAGACAGAAAGCUUCCUUUUAGGACAUCAGUCACUGCUAAUUGUUAAUUGGGCCAUAAGCCGAGGGGAAUAAAAGAGAUGCCUGCACCAGUGCUAGUCACUCCCGUAAUUAGCAAGUGAUGUGUUGUUUCAUCUGUGCACAAUAUUUGAUUUAAUAAAUUCUUUUUCUUUCUGAGACUCUAAUACGCUUCCAAGCCAAGGGUCGUAGUCAAAGUGAGUAUGACAUGUCAGAAAUAAAAAUUUCCACUGCCCGGCCUUCUUCAAGUUUGGGCUUCUUCAACAGAGUAAUGGGAGCCAUGUUGUAAACUGAACCAAGAUGGCCAUGACUCUGUUUCCAGGAACAACAAUGCAGACCUUGAAUCAAAAUUGGUCCUAAAAUCAAGGUGUGUACUCUAUGUCCUAAGAGAUCAGUCUUGCAUAAAACAGCAAUAAUAGCCCACAUUUACAGGGUACUUAUUAUAUGCCAGGCGCUAUUCAAAAUGCUUUAUCACAUAGUACAUAGAUGUGGUGUCACCCCAUCUUAAAGGAAAGGACAGACUGAGUAACAGGUCCAAGGUCUCCCUGCUUCCAACAAAGAUCUUGAAAACCAGGUCUAUUUGGUUCAGAACCAUUGACUAAACUCUCUCCCUGAGAAGAAUUGAGAAUUUGAUUUUUUCUCACUUGGGAAAGAUCCAGUGGAAAGAAACAGCAGACCUCCACCCUCAAAAAAAAAAAAAAAAAAAAAAAAAAAAAGAACUUGACUUUAAAA